GUCGCGCUCUAACGGACGAGAGGUUGUACAUAUAUCCAUACAUUUCCAAUAUUGUUGCUGUAAAAAUUAAGGAUUUUGGCGUUUAUUGCAAAUGUUUUGCAUUCACCCCAGCAAAAAAAACGUAGGGUAUUAACAUUUAUCAAAUUUUGUUCAAAUAAAGUAUUUAAGAAAUACUUAUCAAAGAGUAAACUUUCAACUACUUCCGUCGUUGGAACAAUGAAUCCAGUUAAGAAAGGCGAAGGUUUUGAAUGCUACGUCUGCCUCAAAAUAAUCAAGGACAAAUACUACUUUUCCAGACACCUUGUUACUCACGAUGUUGAUGCCCCUAAAGUUAAAUGCGAGGUAUGCCAAAAAUCCUACAAAAAUCGUGACUCCCUUCGGACCCACAUGGUACAGACCCACACUGACCGUGCCAGACCAUCUUGCAACAUUUGCGAGCGAACAUUUGUGAACCGUCGCAGCUUAUCAGAACAUGUCCGUAGAGUCCAUAGUGUUGCCACCAGAGCGCGCAUGCCCUGCACAUUUCCUGGAUGUCACAAAACCUAUCUGAAUCAACAAGAUGUUGAUAGGCACUUGAGAAGAGAGCAUGCUGACGAUCCUGUCAGAUUUUCUUGUACCCUGUGCAAAAAAGAAUUCAAACAGAAAGUCCAUCUUGAGAGCCAUAUUUCAAGCCACACGAAGGAAAAAACUCUCAAGUGCGGAACAUGUGAAAAAUCCUUUGUUACAAAGUGGCAACUGCAACAGCACCAGGUAAAGCUAGGAAUUUAUUUCGGCAUACAUGUUCACAUUCAUUCAUCUAGUGAUGAAUGAAUAUAUUUUUAUUCCAUAUUCAAAAAUUGAAUGAAUAUUGAAUGAAUA